AUGGAAAGAUACUUGACAAAAAAUGCGCCUGAAACAUCUGUUGUUCCAUCUACUUCAAGAUCACAGAUCACAGAUGAAUUGUUGGAAAUUCAAGAACCAGAAACAAAAAAGAGAAAGGUAAACAGGCAAAUAAAAGCGGAAUGGUUUAAAGAAUUCAACUGGCUCUUACAAAAAGAAGUACUAACAAGGUAUGUGGACAAUGAAAAAGGUGAAGUUAGAGAUAGACUUCUGUCCCUAUUAUCUGUAAAUGAUCUUAGUGCCAGAGGUAUUACUGAAAGUAUAUUGUCUUUAUUGCAAAAAGAAAACAUUCCCAAAGAAAACAUCAUAGGAUUUGCUGCGGACAAUGCUGCAGUGAUGAUGGGUGACAUUAAAGGUGUAAAGGCUUGUUUAAAGUUGGAAAUAAAUGAAAAUCUUUUUGUUAUUGGAUGCAUAUGCCAUUCAAUGGCUUUAUGUGCUUCUAAUGCAGCUAAUAAAUUACCAAAAGAAUUAGAAGACUUUAUUCGAAAUAUAUAUAACUAUUUUAAAGGAAGUUAUAAAAAAUUAAAAGAUUUUAGAGACUUUCAAGACUUUGUAGAGGUCAAACCUCAUAAACUUUUAAAAUUAAGUCAAACCAGGUGGCUCUAUUUGCAGGCAGUGGUGAAUAGAGUUUUGGAGCAAUGGCCAGCCUUGCAGCUAUACUUUCAAGGAGCUGUUCUUCAAGAUAAUUUGGUAUCUGCAGAUACGAUUUUACAAGGCUAG